AUCUCCAAGGGACCCUCCCAGCGUGGGUGGUCCGACGCCCCGCUGCCAGCUCAGCUCCGCCGCUGCGCUCCUGGGAGGAGGAAACGAGUCUGAGUUCCUCUGGAAACUUUCAGCUGAAGGAAUCGGAACACCUUCUGUCAGCUCAGUAGGUCGUUUCUAAAUCCGCUGUGUGAGAAGGUGAUGCUGGGGGUCGCUGGAAUGACGGGCAGCAUUGCUAAUGCCCUGGCCAGUGCGGCCUGUGAGCGAUGUAAAAGUGGCUUUGCAUCGACCGAGAAGAUUGUGAAUAGUAACGGAGAGCUGUACCAUGAGCAGUGCUUCGUGUGCGCCCAGUGUUUUCAACAGUUUCCAGAGGGACUCUUCUAUGAGUUUGAAGGAAGGAAAUAUUGUGAGCAUGACUUUCAGAUGCUCUUUGCCCCUUGCUGUCGUCAGUGUGGGGAGUUCAUUAUUGGUCGUGUCAUUAAGGCCAUGAACAACAGUUGGCACCCGGACUGCUUCUGCUGCGAUAUUUGCCAGGCUGUGCUUGCGGACGUGGGCUUUGUCAAAAAUGCUGGCAGGCACCUGUGUCGCCCGUGCCAUAACCGCGAGAAAGCCAGGGGCUUGGGCAAGUACAUCUGCCAGAAGUGCCACGCCAUCAUUGAAGAGCAGCCCCUGAUCUUUAAGAAUGACCCCUAUCACCCAGACCACUUCAACUGCAACAACUGCGGCAAGGAGCUGACGGCUGAAGCCCGGGAACUGAAGGGAGAGCUUUACUGUUUGCCGUGCCACGACAAAAUGGGUGUACCGAUCUGUGGGGCCUGCAGGAGACCCAUCGAGGGACGUGUUGUCAACGCCAUGGGCAAGCAGUGGCACGUGGAGCAUUUCGUGUGUGCCAAGUGUGAGAAGCCUUUCCUCGGUCAUCGGCACUACGAGAGGAAGGGGCUGGCGUACUGCGAGACUCACUACAACCAGCUCUUUGGAGAUGUGUGCUAUCACUGCAACCGUGUGAUUGAAGGCGAUGUGGUGUCUGCUCUCAACAAGGCCUGGUGUGUGAGUUGUUUCUCGUGCUCUACCUGCCACACAAAACUCACUCUCAAGAACAAGUUUGUGGAGUUUGACAUGAAGCCCGUCUGUAAAAAGUGUUAUGAGAAGUUUCCUCUGGAGCUGAAGAAGAGGCUGAAGAAGCUGGCCGAGGCUUUGGGACGCAAGUGAGCUGCAAUUAUUACCGCUGUGUCUGUGACGGUACAAAAUUAUUUAGAGCUGCUGCUUUAACCAGCAUAAAACAUAAAACCAGUACAUCAAUAUUUAUGGAAAUGAGUAUCACUGUGGUGUCGUCAUAAAGCUGCCUUAUAGUUUGUUUUUUAAGUCUUCUUAUAAUUUUUUAUACGCAUUCUUAAAUGUUCCUUAUACUUCCUCAAGUACGUUAUAACGGAUCUAAGAUUAUUGAAUAAUAGUUUGGCCUUUUAUCGCGUUACCCUCGUGCCUUUAACGUUUAAACUGUGUCUUAAAAGAUCAAUAAUAGCCUGAAUAUAACUGAUAACAGGAGAAGUUAUGCCUCAGUUUAUGGAUCCUGAUUAAUAAUACACUGAAAGCAGAAUUGUACUUAUUUUUUUUACUUGUGUACGAGCAAAGAUCAAGCACUGUGUUCUUAGGACUCUGUAGUGACCUUAAAAAUACACAACAGGUUCAUAAUAUGAGCUGCAAGUGAAACCAUUAAGUCUGAGUAAUCCACUGGAUGUGUUCAUACUGAUCUGUAUCAAUGUUAGAUGAUAGUACGUAAUGUUUAUAAUGAAUACUCCAUGACUUCAUUUGUCCAAUCGGUCAACACCGUCUGUCUUAAAACAUAAAAUUAGCCAGAAGAAAUAAAGUUUCAUAAUUGAAAAUAUUAAGAAUUAGACAAUUUAUUUUACACUAACCCAUAAGUGCUGAUACUCCUGUAUUUACUGUGUAAUGUUGGUGCUUGUACUGUACAUGCUCGGGGUUAGUGUGAUAUUUUUAGACGGGUGAACGUUUGCAGCUUUCCGAGGGAAACAGUUCAAAGGAGCUUCGAUGAAAACGAGCCCUCAGCUCAUUUUUGAACACUCUGGUGUUUAAUAUCAUCGAUGAGUCAGCGUAGUGCUGAGGCUGUUUGUAACCUGUUAAAGCACCACACAACGAGAGAGACAUUACUUCAGCUUUGAUGAGCUUUUUAUUAUCAGACACGUUUGCCUACAUUUCAUCUGCCAGACUUCACGGUUUGUUGUUCUGCAUGCAUGUGAGCAUCACAGCUUCCUGCAGCUUGUGCUCUGUGUUUUAUUGUCUUAAUGAUCAAUAAAGUGUUUCUCAGCACAU